AUGGUCCCAUAUUUCAGUUUCCGGGAAGUGAAAGAAAGUCAACCACGAUUAGAUAAAGUCAACCUCCUAACAUUUCCAUCUGCGUUGAAUCAUCUCAUCUUUCCGUCCCAACCACCACCGAGACUUCUUAAAAUUGCUCUCUUUGUCAAGAAAUGGCCAAGUAAACACCAGGCUGGAGGGCUUGAGCGACACGCCUUGACUCUCCACCUGGCUCUUGCAAAGCGAGGCCACGAGCUCCAUAUCUUCACGACUUCAUCGUCUAACUUAACCAUGAUGGAUAAUGUGUAUUUUCACCUCUCUAAACCAACACCUGCCGGCUAUCUUGACCAAGCUCUGAUAUGGAAGCAAUUUCAAGUACUGAACUCGACUGGACAGCCCUUCGAUGUGAUUCACACUGAAAGUGUGGGACUUAGGCACACCAGAUCCCGGAAUCUGUCUAAUUUAGCCGUCAGUUGGCACGGAAUUGCAUAUGAAUCUAUACAUUCCGAUAUUAUUCAGGAACUUAUAAGAGCUCCUGAAGAACCACAGUCCUAUGCUUUUACUGAAAGAGUAGUCAAGGUUGUGGAAGAGAUAAAGUUUUUUCCACAUUAUGCUCAUCAUGUUGCCACAAGUGAUCACGUCGGGGAUAUACUAAAAAGGGUCUACAUGAUACCUGAAGAACGCGUCCACAUUAUUCUGAAUGGUGUCGAUGAGGAGAUUUUCAGGCUAGACAUUUCCAAGGGCAAAGACUUUAAGUUGAAAUUUGGCAUUCCAGAGUCCAAGUCACUAAUUUUAGGCAUGGCAGGGAGGUUGGUGAAGGAUAAGGGUCAUCCAUUAAUGUUUGAAGCUCUAAGACAGAUUUUCAGUGAAAAUUCAACUUUUCGGGAUAGUGUUAUUGUUCUGGUAGCUGGAGAUGGUCCAUGGGGUGCUAGAUAUAAACAACUCGGCUCGAAUUUACUGAUUUUAGGGCCUUUGGAACAGAGUCAAUUGGCAAGGUUUUACAAUGCAAUUGAUAUAUUCGUAAAUCCAACACUUCGAGCACAGGGUUUAGAUCAUACCUUGUUGGAAGCAAUGCUGACAGGCAAGACAAGAAUGGCAACGAAACUGGCGAGUAUUACUCAGUCCGUGAUUGUUAGCAAAGAUGUUGGCUAUACAUUCCCUCCUACAGUAGUUUCGUUGAAGAAAGCUCUGUACGAGGUGUGGAAAGAUGGAAGAGGUGUUCUGGAGCGCAAGGGCGAGUUAGCCAGGAAGAGGGGUUUGCAACUAUUUACAGCCACCAAAAUGGCAGCAGCCUAUGAAAGGCUAUUUCUGUGCAUCUCCAGCCAAGAUUACUGUAUGUUGUAG